AUGAAGUUCAGACCGCUCCUUGUCUUCUGCGUCCUCUUCUGCCUGGUGAACAUCACCAGCUCAGCCCAUCUCAAGAAAGGGGCUCCCUGGGAGCUGUCCCAAAUUCUGCCUGCCCUGUGCCAGCUCCCCCCAGUGAGGGGUCCCUGCAGAGGCCUCUUCUACAGGUACUUCUACAACAACACGUCCAGUGAGUGUGAGCGUUUUACCUACAGUGGCUGUCAGGGCAAUGCCAACAAUUUUGAGACCACGGAGAUCUGCGUGAGGAUCUGUAAGCCCCCUGAAGAAGGCUAA